AUGGAGUGUUCAUGCACUGAGCACCCGAGUACAGUUCCAGGCAGAGAGCCUCAUGUAAUCUUGGAGGAUCGAUUGUUAGGUGAAUUUAACGAUUUUUUGCUGGUUGAUCAGCAGUAUCUGAAAAGUUACGUGCUUGAAUACGCUUUCCGUCACAAUUAUACGAUGAAUCGUGAAGCUAUUGCGGAAGCCAUUGAGGAUCGCUACACGUAUUGGCCGGAUGCAUCCGAUGAAAAUGCAAUUCGGAAACAUUUCAUCCACGUAUGCUUAGUUUGCUCUUCUAGCUACUUAUCAGAGUAUUUUGUUUGGACGUCAAGGAUUAAGUGCUGCCGUAUCUUCAGAGAUUAA